GCUGACAGUCUGGCUCAGCGGUAGCCGCGGGCGCAUCAGCCGGGCAGCGCCCCAGCUCUGCGCCGCACCUGCCCUGCCAGCUCCUGGGCGCCGAGGAUCGGCUGCCCGGCGGGGCGCCCUGCCGCCCGGAGCAGGGGGUCGUCCCGCCGCCGCCGCCGCCGCCAGGGCUCCUGGCUCGGGCAGGGCAGCUGCCCCGCCGGCUCCCUGCCCGGCUGCCCUCCAGGAUGAGCCCGCAGUACUCCCUGCGCUCCCUGCUGCUCGUCAUCCUCGCCGCCUUCUCGGCCAACGCCAGCAACUGGCUGUACCUGGCAAAGUUGUCCUCAGUGGGGAGUAUUUCCGAGGAAGAGACCUGUGAGAAGCUGAAAGGGUUAAUCCAGCGCCAAGUGCAGAUGUGCAAGAGGAACUUGGAGGUGAUGGACUCAGUGCGCCGGGGAGCCCAGCUGGCCAUCGAGGAGUGCCAGUACCAAUUCCGUAACCGUCGCUGGAACUGCUCCACACUGGACACCCUGCCGGUCUUUGGCAAGGUCGUGACACAAGGGACACGGGAAGCAGCUUUUGUGUAUGCUAUCUCCUCCGCGGGGGUGGCCUUCGCAGUGACGCGAGCCUGCAGCAGUGGAGAGCUGGAGAAGUGUGGCUGUGAUCGGACUGUGCAUGGUGUCAGUCCUCAGGGCUUCCAGUGGUCUGGCUGUUCUGAUAACAUCGCCUACGGAGUGGCCUUCUCACAGUCGUUCGUUGAUGUCCGGGAGAGAAGCAAAGGCGCCUCCUCCAGCAGGGCGCUCAUGAAUCUCCAUAAUAAUGAGGCUGGAAGGAAGGCUAUCCUGAACAACAUGCGGGUAGAGUGCAAAUGCCAUGGUGUGUCAGGCUCGUGCGAGGUGAAGACCUGUUGGAAAGCAAUGCCUCCCUUCCGCAAAGUGGGCAACAUGUUAAAGGAGAAAUUUGAUGGGGCCACAGAAGUUGAGCAGAGAAAGAUCGGCUCCACCAAAGUCCUGGUGCCAAAAAACUCCCAGUUCAAACCACACACAGAUGAGGACCUGGUCUACCUGGACUCCAGCCCUGACUUCUGUGACCAUGACCUAAAGAAUGGGGUCCUGGGGACCAGCGGCCGGCAGUGCAACAAGACUUCCAAAGCUAUCGAUGGCUGUGAGCUUAUGUGCUGCGGGAGGGGCUUUCACACGGACGAAGUGGAGGUGGUGGAAAGGUGCAGUUGCAAGUUCCACUGGUGCUGCUUUGUCAAGUGUAAACAGUGCCACCGAGUGGCAGAAAUGCACACGUGCCGGUGAUGCCGGGAUGGGCGCUCCCAUCAGUCCCCUCUGGAGCUGACCCUUCCUCUCCCCUGCUGGUUGCACCGGGACUGGAGGAGGGGAUCCAGACACCUCAAGGAGAGGGUUGUGUAAAGAGACACCGAGUGCAGGAGAAAGAUAUUUAAAGGUCCAAAAGUGAUGGUUGUAUUUUCGCUUGCUUUAUUUAUUGCCGAAGCCAGAACCCUCCUGAACUGCAUGUGCUGGAAGGGUCGCACAUGCGCUCGAUGCUGCUGCUGGGCUGGGGCCAGGCAAGGGACCUUUGUGGUGCUUGUCCCCAAGUACCUGCCUCCGUCAGACGAACUCCCACUGACUGACCAAAGGAGCGUUUCGGUCCGCGUAGAUUUUAAACUGAAACGAAACUUAGCGUUAGGCACUUUUAUAUUGGUCUUUUAUAUUACAGCUACUUCAGCCUAAAAACAAACCGCAGGCCUGGCCUGAGGCUCCUGGAGUCUUUGUUCUCAUAUUGGCUUGUUCUGUACCACAUGCCAGUAGAAGAGAGAGGACAGAGCCAGCGGAGCAUCCCAAGCUGCCCUGGGUGUUGUGCUAGAACCAGGAACUCUGCUGCUGAGCUGCUGGGACCAGCGGAUUCUGCAGAUCAGAGAUCUUUGUGCAGAAGUUAAAAUGUGGGGAAGGACAAAACUAGUGGUAUGGUUCCUGUUGGUGUUUCUUCCUGUUGUUCUGUGGUAGGGUUCUCCCUUUGGGUCUAAGCCACUGGAAGGGGUGAGGGGUGCUGUCCACCACAGAAGCAGGAGUCUGGAGAACAGAGACCCAACUGCACAGAAACUACUUCAUCUACGGUGGAAUCUGCUUCACCAACAGCCCCCCUGGUGCCAAUAUCCAGUCUUGCUGUUCAGCUCCAACCGCCCUGGGAGGCUGACGGCCUGUCAUCUCUUCCCAUUCCCAGCUGAUGCCUGUUGUGGUAGCAGCCUCUUACUUAGAAAUAAAAGAAAAAAUAAUCGUGCUGAUGAGUAAGUCCAUGAGUGCUUCCCAGGCCCCCCCACCCUCCCCAUAUCCUUCACCCACAGCAAAGCCCUGAGCCCGACCUCUCCAAUACUAUUGCAAGCUUCAGUCCAGGCCUUGCAUGUUUCCUGCCACCGCUCCCCCACCCAGUCCACUGCAAUCGUGGUGCCUCCUGGGCUCCUGACCUCAGAUGUAAGAGCUCCUCUGGCUGCCAGGCCAACCCACGGCCUCCACCCCACAUGUACCUGGGGCUGCCUAGAGUAAUGGUCCCUUUCAUCUUACAGCCUUUGCCUCACUAUGGGCUCCUGCCCAGCCUGCUAACCACCCUGGGCUCCUCUCUCCACACCCCUUCCCAGCAAAGCUCAGUCCUGAGCCCAGCCACAUCCACCCCUCUCCACGCCCUCUGCUUCACACAGGGCUCUGCUCCUCCUCCACAGCCUUGAAAGCACAGAGGGCUCCUAGCACCACCCCCAUCCAUUACCCCACAGAGUUCAGGCCUGACCCCAGCAGGUCUGGCUCCUCCCCCCAACCUUUGCCACGGGGCCCUGGCCUGACCCCAGUUGGCCUCCCCUCUGCUGUUCCUUCCAGGGCAGUUUCCCCCACACCCCUGAGAUCUGCGCCCCCCCCUCCCCCCAGACAUCUGAUCCUGAAGCCCAUGUGUAUCUCCUGGGGUCCCUAGGCACUGCAGCAGAGAAACUGCAGCCUGGACUAAUUGUCUGCAAAGCGACCUUGAUGCCUCCCAGGUUCUGGGUGCUGCAGGAGCAGCCAGGACCCAGCUAGGCUGGAGCAGCUCCAGGGCUGCUGUGCUGCCAGCCUAGCUGGAGGCAGGCUGCUGCUGCUACACUCUCAUACCCUCAGUAAACACUGAGGGCCAUGCUGGGGAAAGGAUAUGGCCCAGCUAUCCUGGGGCUAUUCUCUGGGGGCUGUUUCUAUCCCUUUCCAACAUCAGAGCAGCAUAAUGGAGUCUUAUAGGGGUCAGAAUCUGCCCCAGCCUUUUAACAGGAAGUCACUUGAUUUCUUCAGUUUUUCCAAUUGCUGCAUCUGAAUCAGCCCCGGUCCCAGUGUGCAGGGUCCCAGAGACCUGGCCUCCUCCUUCACUUUCCACGUCUCUGCUCCCCGAGGGGCCCAUUCUCCCUGGCCUCUCUGAUGAGGACUCUGUGGAAAGAGGAAUCUGGAUGUGGCCAGAACCAUAUCCAUUCUCAGCCUUUGGCUCGUAGGAGGGUGGAGUGAGUUCCAAGGAGGGGGAAACAUUGCUGGAGUUAUAUUGGCCUUUGCCUACUGCUGUUGUCCGGCCCUAAACACAGGCGCUGCAGAGGGGGUGAGGGGCACUGGGCUAUCCUUACUGGCAACCAUUUGCUUUAUAAACAUAAUGAAAUGAACACUCUGAACACACCAGGAGGCUCAGUUUUUCUUAAGGCAGAGACCUAAAUGCUGCUCCUCCCCCCAGCCUUCACCUUGCAGCCACGCUGGCUAAUGCACUGUUCAGCUACGUGCUCUCUCCUUCCGCCCAAGACUAGGGUAGUACAGAGCCCUUGCUGCUGCUCGACAGUGUGAAGUAUUUGGAGAAUUAAUAAGCUGUGGGGCACUGAGGGGAGGUGGCACAUGAAACAAUUUCCUUCUGCAUAUCACUAGGUGAGAGGGAGACAGUGGAAAACGCAGAUUAAUCCCCAAAAUCACGCCUCCAGGUGAGGGAGAAAUCUGCUGUUGGUAGAGACCAAAGCAGGACUCUGACACUUGCUAAGAGUUCCUCUCCUGCUAGCUGAAUGGAAAACUCUGUGUGCUGAUGGUGCCAACCCUCCAUCUCAAUGGAGUGUGGCCAGACAGACUGCCGUUCCCGAUCCAGAAAAGCCCAGACUCUUCUGCUUGCCCUUGAUCCAGUCUCUUUAAGACAGAGACAGAGGGUUAAGAGCUGAAUCCAUGAAAACCUUAGGCCUAUAUUUUCCCCUCUUCUUCCCCUUAAACAAGAGAAGAGGGGAAAGGUUAGAGGGACACGCAGACACACAUGAAAUCCCGUCUGUGCUAUGGCAGUGAUGGGAUGGGGGAGCGGCUGUGGUCGUUGGAAGGACUCCAGACACGGUCCGGCUGGAACUUUUCUGACAACUGACUCGGCGCAGCAACAGAUGCUCCUCCAGAGGCUGAACUGUGUGCCCAGAAUGGGCCCCUGCUCACUCUGCACGCUACACUUCCGCUUUCUGUGCAGUAUGGGACAAGAAAGGAUCCCGUGGAGUGAAGCCGCGCAGUGGCGCAGAAGAUCACUUCUCCCUUCAGCCAACUCCACUGUAACCUCUUGGUAUGUCUUGUAAUAGCAAAUUGCUUCAGUGCUGUGCGGAAGGGCUAAGCAGCAGACUGCAGCUCCACUGCCACCCCCUCUCCAGUAAGUGCAGGCCUCCUAAAGGCAAAGAGGAAACUUCACCUGGUGGACUCAAGCCCCUUCUAACCUGGAAUGCACACCUCUUGCACCAGUUCAUUCACUCUGAUCUAAACAGGAGCAAACCUGCUCUGUCCUGCACUGUGGGAGUGAUUUCUGUUCUGCACCACUUUGGUUUACAUAUGUUAUGAUAUUAAAUCACCUUUUGCAGGUAUCUGGGUUUUAACUCCCAUGUCAAGCUGCUGCCUCAAUUCUCUGGGCUCCAGUGUGUUAAGACUGUGAGCUCUCAAGUGCCUUGAAGAUUCUUUAUACUAUUUCCCAGCUAAUGCAGUGGGGGCCGCUGACCUCAGGACGUUGGCCAAGUUUUCUGCUCGUUGUCCAGCUAGGCCGAGGGCCAAAGCUGAACAAGUCAAUCCAGAUCAGUGUGGAGAUAAUCUCUCUCUGCACAGGGUUUUUUCAAACUGCGAUGAAAGCUGAUCCCUGGAAAUGUCACCCCCGAUGUCCCCUGGCUCCGCAGCUCUCUGGCGCUUCUCACAAUUGUACGUUUCAUCACCAGCACAGCAAAGUUCCCUUUUUCUGAUUUUUCUGAUUUACUUUGUCUAUUAAAUUAUGAUUUUGUGCUAAAUUAGCAUAGGGUGUUUUCCCCCCUAGUAAUGGAGCUGCACUGUGCUAUGUAAAACCAGUGCUCUCUGCAAACAGCCCUUCCUGGCUGUUCUGAUGUGCUAGGACUCCUGCAUUUAGAAAGGGAAGAACUGGUGUGAGUGAGGUCUCAGUGCCUAUCUCCUUGAAAUGUCUGGGAAGAGGGGCCUUCAGCUGUCACUUGAUGAGCAUCACCUGGGAGGCCGUGCCUGCGUCUUACCACAUUCAUAUUCUGGAGGUCUGGGAGGAUCCUGAUUUUCAGGCAGUGGCGGUCUCCUCUUGGUACUCCCAUCACAAAUGUUCUGUCUGGGUCUCUCAUCAGUGCUAACUUGGUUACUGCGAUCCAAAGUACAUUCAUAUCCUUCCUGUUGCCAGAGGCACCCCCACACACAAGUACUUUACAAAGGCAGGUGGGUAUUAUCCCUGCUUUACAGGGGGAGAAACUGAGGCACAGGGAGACAGUGACUUACCCAGAGAGUCACUGCUGCACAUGGGAACAGAACCCAGUUAUCCUGACUGUUAAUCUCCUGUGUUAACCACUAGACAGGCUGCCUGCUCAAGAGGGGCAUGUAACUUAAAUCUUGGUAACUCUGCACCGUCAUGUUGUCAAGAGUGUGGGGAUAACCAUCAGUUUAAAACAGUCCAACAUCCUCAGCCUGCAGACAGGGGUCACAGCUGAUGCUUUGCAGAUUCUCUGCCCUACUCCCCACCCUUUGUGCUACACAGGCUGGCAAGGGAACCAGAAAAGAAAUUCCCUGGGUGUGGAAGAGUCCCCAACUGGGAGGACAGAGACUGUGUAUUUAGCUCUGACAUCAUCUUGGGGUAUGGAGGUGGGGUGGAGGUGGCUGGAGUGUGCAGUGCUCUAGCCGUCUCCACCUGAUGCAGUCUCUGGCUCCUCUUGUUUGUGCCGGGGCAGAGAUCCAGGGGCCAGAGCUAGUUGCUCAUUCUUGACUUCUCCUUUUCUCUUCCCCUGGGGUGCCCUGGAGGGCUGUUGGGGAGGGAAGCCAUCCUGUGCUAGUGGCUUCCCUACACUCACCAGAGUUGGCCAAGCUCUGAUCCGGCUCUCCCUGAAGCUCCUAGGGCCUGGCAGUGAAGCAGGCAAGGGAGCAGCCAGAGCUGUGCUCCUCCCUCCCCUGCGAUGCAGAUGGUGGUCGGGGGCAGUGCUGAGCAGUUGUAGCAGGGAAGGGGCAGCAGCUGUUCUGUGCACUCCUGGGCUGCAGGGGUGUUGUUUUGGAGGUGGCACCCCCAGUUUCUUCCUACAUCAACAGGGCUGAUUCCCAAGUGGCUCAGGGCUUUGCUGUCAGUUCAGAAUCAAAUGCAUAUAAUCUCUUUAGCACGGUUGUCCCAUGGGCCAUGAGUUGGAACCCCCGGGUUUGAAGUGAGCACUAAGGCCAGAAUUUUCAAAAGGGCUCAGUACUUGCAAUCGGGUCCAGAUUUUUAAAGGCGCAUUGAGUGCUGAGGGCUUGAAAAUGCCUUCUUUCUGUGGGCCCCUGGCGUCUGACAUCUCCCAGGGUAACAAUCUUCCCAGCUCCCCCAAAUCCUGAGAUUUGGCAAUUCCUGUGCUCAGGGGGAUUUGAGGAGGCAUGUUCCCAUAAACCAGAGAACCGGCCCAAGGAGUUACUGCUCCCUGCAGACACCAGGCCACUUAACUCCUUCCCCUGCAUGAGUAUCUUUGGGCCUCUGUUCAGGAGACAUUUGGCACGAAAUCCUUGGCUAUUUACCAAGGCAUAGAACCAACCCUGAGGCCGAGCCCUAGGGCAGUCAGAAGCCAUCAUUACAUGGGAUCCUAACACAUAGAGAACUAGCCCCAGAGCCGUGUUCUUGUUCUACCUCUCUUCAUACAAAUGCCUGAGCAACAGCACAGAUGAAUCCUCCAAAAACCAUGGCAUUUCUUGAGCCUCAGGCAUCUGGGAACAACCGGCUCUGUUAUCUGCACACACAUGCGGAGCAGCCUGUCAGGGCUCAGAUUCUGGCUGUUCCCAUGCUCAGCAUCUCUGAUUGACACUGUCAAAUACAUACAUAACCCUGGAAAGGUGUCAACCCAUGCUGCCCCAGGUCUCUGUGUGUCAUGGAAAUGUAGCUAGAAACCACUUCCCGUGUGUGUUCCCCCAUGCCCUUGCCAUCUGGCGCGGAAGCUGGGUUGCUGUAGGAUAUUGGAUGCUGCUAUCCCAAACUGUGUGGUACUCUAUUAUUUUUGAAUUUUAGUGUCCUAUUUUUAUACUAUAUAAUUGGCUGUAAUGUUUCCAUCACAUAGUUUGACUCACAUUUUGGUGGCAUUCACUAUAAAAAUGAUUACUUCUUGCAUUCUG